AUGAACAAGCCCUUUGGGGGCCAAUACAUUGAUGAUGCUGAGGGGGAACUGAUGUUCGGCGAGCUUCCUGAAAAAGAGUUUGGAGGAGCUGAUGAGUCUGAAAUCGAUGCUAACAAUGAUGAGACUUUUGGAGCCGAAAUUAUUGGUGGUGGAGAUGAGCUUGAAGAUUAUGCUGCACAAACAGCAUGUUUGAGAUUAGAAGAUAACUGGGACAAGUCAGGAUUCCAUGUAGACGCUCCUGAUCCUUCUCAGUUGCCUAUUCCCGAUUUUGGCAUGAAUCUAUUUGACAAAGACUUGGUCAACCUCAAAUUCAACAAGCUAGAAAGAAUUUGGAAUGAUCAAAGUUCUUUGAUGGAUUUGUGGGAUAGCAAUAAGCAAGAGAAGUCGAGCUUCUCUCUGCUCACUCCAUCAGGAAUUAACAAUCCUGAAUUUGCUUCUCCUUCUUGGGAUUUUAACAAAACUGAUCUCACAAGUCCCUUCGGAGAGUUUCCUAUUAACGCAACGAAAGUGUCCAUGGAGUCUAAAAAAGAUAUGACGAAGAAAAAAGGAUUUCAUAGAACUCCUUCACCCCCAGCUCGCGAAAAUCGUUAUCCUUUGACGCAACACUCAGAUCUAAACAUUCCUAUGAUGCCUGGCGUACCAGGAGGACCUAUUCCAAGUAUCCCGUCAACGGCAUUAUCUGCUGAAGAGCUGGAGAAAAACUUUGUCAGAAAUGAUAGCCAAAAAGAGAGAUCAUCCGCCACGGAUCAUUCUAAAAGCUCUCCGUUACCUAACCAACAAUUACCUUCUGGUGCCCUACCACCUGCCUUGAUUCCCCAACUCCAAGCUCUUCAAGCUCAGUUCAAUUUAUCAGCUCAAGCCCAAGCCCAAAUUUUCCAUCAAAUGCAAGCUCAGCUCCAUAAUGCUUCUCGAACACCUAGUGAAAAAUCUCAGCAACCUCAAAUAAGCCACCUACCUCCAGGUUUCCCCCCUCAUUUCAACAGGGGGCUAGUUGGCCAGUAUCCUUCUAUGAACUCGACUGGGUAUUCUCAGCAGCCUUUCCUUCAGCCAGAGUUUCCACCCAUUCCUCGUGAUCUUCGCCAAUAUGUUAUUCAUUGGUAUAACCAAUUGAUAGGAAAAACUAAGUUCCUACCUCCUAAUGUACCCCCUAUUCAUCCUAUGAUCCUACAUAAGCUCCACCAAUGCAAGGACCCGAAAAUUGUUGCUAUGAUGUUACUGCGCGCAGCUAACAUCCCUCCUCAACAUUUAGAGCAAAUGAGUUAUAUGCCACAUGGAAGAACGAGCAAUUACAGAAGAGCUGGAAUGCCAUCUGAAAGGACGAUUGAAGAUCUUGCUCUGGAUAAGUUCGCAGGCUUCAUGUCUUGCAAAGAACGACAGUGGUUAGAAAGAAUUCAAGGAUUGCAAUGCCAAGGAAAUGGAAACCCUUAUGAGGAGGAUUAUUAUUAUAUAUGUUGGCGACAAAAGCGUAAUGUUCUAGCCAAAAUCAAUAUUAAUAAACCACGAGAGAAAAAAUCUCCUGAGCAUGAAGAAAAUGGAAAGAACCGCAGAAUUAAGGAAAACCGAUCUGAAAAAGAGGAGAAGAUCCCUCUAAACGUGAAGUUUGCUGGAAGUUUAGGGUUGCCUUCGAAAUGUACCACUUCUAAUCCACGUCACUUAAUCAGUGUUAGCAUUCCUGACAACAACGAUGAUGAAAAUGAAAGUAAUAAACUUCAAUCGGGAGCUCAAAGGAAGCUAAGAUCUUUACUAUUGCGUUUGGAAGCAGCUUUAGCUCUUGUCAUUCAAAUUAAUGAUAGACGGAUAGCAAUGCAACACGAUCCUACGAUUAAGGACGAUGUUGUCAAAGAGAUUGAUGAUGCUGUUCAGCUUAUAUAUGCAGACCUGUUACGGGAUGACCUUCCAAAGGUGUUACAGAUUAAUAAAGGAAAGCUAUUGUUCUCUCGUCUCGUUCAAGUCUGCUUCCCACCAAACUUGGGAUUACUGUUAUCUAGUAUUUUUAAUAACAACGUUGCCUUGACAAAAUCUCAGUCUGACGAAGCGUCUUGUGUGCUUAUUAAUGGAAUACACAGAGCUGUCAGUAGACUUGAAACUUCUGAUAUACUUGUUGUUCUCUCUUCCAUUGCCGUGGAAAGUCUGUCAGAAGUAUUAGGAAAUAAUCACAAUUUCUGUUGGGAUAUAUUCUUGAGUUUAGUUUUUUCAAUGUCACUUAGACGCGCGGAUUUGGAUUCUCCUAUUGUUAAAUGGUUCAGGAGCGAUUCAAAUUCUGCGAAAUAUAGUUCAACCUCUUGGGAUAAUAUUUGUAAAAAGUGGUUUUCAAAGUUUAAAAUUUCCAUGGAGCAUAUUGUAUUAAUGAGGGAAUGGAUAGUGUUUUGUGUAAGAGACUUGAAGAGUACCAGCAACGGCGCCUUACUUGCCAAAUCCAUUCACAAAUGUACCGAGUGA